UGUAAUUAGUGGCAAACGCUGACUUUUGCACGUUGACGCAAGGCGCGACGCUGGGCACGUGACAGUGGUGCGCGCAGUGAAGGGUCACGUGUUGGGGGAGAAGAUGGCGGAUUCGGAGAUGUGUGUCAGAAGCAGCAGGGAGUUGUGGACCAUUUUGUUGGGGCGAUCAGCUUUGCGGGAGCCGGCCCAGAUUGAAGCUGAACUGGAAAGGAACUGGGAGCGAUUGCUUUUCGGAUUGUGCUACUAUAAACCUCCCAGCCCCUCCUCUGCCGAUAAACUGAAAGCAGAUAAGGACAUUGCCCAGCCCCUGAAGGAUUUUGGUCUGAGAAUCAGCAAAUUGCUGGGUCUGGAUGAACUUCAGAGCGUGCAGAUUCUUCAGUGUUACUUACAGGAGGAUUACAGAGGAACCCGCAAUGCCUUGAAGUCUCUCCUUCAGGAUGAGAGGCAAAGCCAGACCCUCUUAUUGAAGAUUGCCGAUUAUUAUUCUGAGGAGCGAAUCUGCCUGCUGCGCUGUGUCCUGCUGCUGUUGACGUACUUUCAGGACGAAAGGCACCCAUACAGGGCGGAGUAUGCAAACUGCGUGAGCAAGCUGGAGAAGGACCUGGUCUCGAAGUACCAGGAGCAGUUUGAGAGCCUCUUCAGAGCGGAGGCGCCGACGUGGGAGACUCACGGGAACCUCAUGACCGAGAGGCAGGUGUCCCGCUGGUUCCAGCAGUGUCUCCGCGAGCAGUCCCUUCUCCUGGAAAUCCUCUUUCUGUACUACGCCUACUUUGAGAUGGGCCCCCCUGACCUGUUGGUCUUUACCCGGAUGUUUAAGGAGCAGGGCUUUGGCUACCGACAGACAAACAGGCACCUGGUGGAUAAGAGCAUGGACGCGCUAGUUGACCGCAUAGGUUAUUUCAGUUCUCUCAUCCUGGUGGAGGGAAUGGACAUCGAUUUCCUGCACAAGUGUGCCCUUGAAGAUCGCACUGAGAGGCACCAGUUCUCCAGCACCCCUGAAAUCUGCAAAGACUUGGACCAGAUCUUUCUGACCUUCGGGGACAUCCCACACCACGGCCCGGUUCUGCUGGCAUGGGUUCUGUUGCGUCACACGCUGAACCCCGACGAUUCUACUCCAGUGAUCCGGAGGAUAGGAAAUACCUCACUGCAGCUGGCUGUGUUUCAGUACCUCACCACCAUGCUGCAGGCACUGGGCAGCACUGGCAACAAUUGCACCGCCAGCACAGCCCGCAUGUGCAUCUACGGCCUCCUCUCCUUUGUCAUCACCUCCUUCGAGGAGGAGACCCUCGGCAGUCAGCAGCACUUGAUAAACUUGGCCUGUGAGGUGCUCGCCGCUCCCAGCUUGGCGGAGCUCUUCUGGGAGACGAAGCCGGAGAUGGGGCUGGGAAUGAUCCUGGACGCCGCGAUGGGGAUGUUUCCCCACAAGAUCGUGCCGCUUCUCCAGCUGCUGGCAGCUCUCCUGUCUGACAAAUCCACCGCCAAGAAGGUGUACAGCUUCCUGGACAAGAUGUCUUUCUUCACGGAGGUCUACAAGCACAAGCCCAAUGACAUUUUGUCCCGGGCUGAUGAGACGCUGUGGAGGAGACAGGUGCCAAAACUCCUUUAUCCUCUCGGCCUUGGCCAGACCAACCUGCGCAUGCCGCAGGGCUGCCUGGGCCAGGUGCUGCCUGCCGACCAGGGCUACGUGGUGCGCUGGGAUUACUCCUAUAGCUCUUGGACGCUGUUCACCUGCGAGAUUGAGAUGCUACUGCAUGUGGUGUCUACAGCAGACGUCAUCCUGCACUGCGAGCGAGUCAGACCAAUCCUGGAGCUGGUGCACAAGAUCAUCAGUACAGACAGGACCGUGUCCGAUUGCCUGCUGCCAAUCACCUCCCGCAUAUACAUGCUGCUGCAGAGACUGACAUCGGUGAUCAAUCCCCCCGUGGAUGUCAUCGCGUCCUGCGUGAACUGUCUCAUUGUGCUGGCCACGCGGAUGCCGGGGAAGGUGUGGUCCAGCCUUCACCACACCGGCUUCUUGCCCUUCGCCUCCACACCUCCCACCAACAUGGCGCAGUCAAUCAGUGCCGAGGGCAUGAGGGCGGGUAACUAUGGCAACCUCCUUGUCCUCAUCGAGCAGCCUCGGGGAGAGUAUCCAGUAACUAUCGCCUUCCUGCGCCUGGUCACCACCCUCGUGAAGGGUCAGUUAGGAAGCACCCAGAAUAAGGGACUGGUCCCCUGCGUGCUGCUGGUGCUGAAGGAGAUGCUUCCCACGUACCACAAGUGGCGCUAUAAUGCCUAUGGCGUGAGGGAGAGGAUCGGUUGCCUUAUCCUGGAGCUGAUUCAUGCGAUCCUUAACCUGAGCCCGGAGGGGGAGUCCCAGGACAGCGCCCCCAGCCUUCAGUCACUGUGCAUCUACAGCCUGACCAACACGGACGCGGGGCGCGCUGUCGUCAACAUCAUGGGUAUUGGGGUGGACACCAUCGACGUGGUGCUGGCGGCCCAGCCCAGCAGCGGGGGCUCCGAGGGCCCUGGCCAGGUCCUCAUCCAGACUGUGAAGCUGGCCUUCUCUGUCACCAACAAUGUCAUCCGGCUGAAGCCCCCUGCAGACGUGGUGUCGCCGCUGGAGCAGGCGCUGACUCAGCACGGUGGUCACGGCAACAACCUGAUUGCUGUUCUCGCAAAGUACAUCUACCACAAGCAUGACCCGGCACUGCCACGGCUCGCCAUCCAGCUGCUGAAGAGGCUGGCGACGGUGGCCCCCAUGUCGGUGUACGCCUGCCUGGGAAACGACGCAGCCGCCAUCCGCGACGCCUUCCUCACGCGCCUGCAGAGCAAGACGGAGGACAUGAGGAUCAAAGUCAUGAUCCUGGAGUUUCUGACGGUUGCCGUGGAAACACAGCCUGGCCUCAUUGAGUUGUUCCUCAACCUAGAAGUUAAAGAUGGUUCUGAUGGGUCAAAGGAGUUCCUGUUGGGCGAAUGGUCCUGCCUCCAGGUGGUCCUGGACCUCAUCGACUCCCGGCAGCAGGGCAAGUACUGGUGCCCACCGCUACUCCAGCGGGCUGCUCUGGCCUUCCUGCACGCCCUGUGGCAGGACCGGCGAGAGAGUGCCAUCUCCGUGCUGCGCGCCAAAGAGAAGUUCUGGGACAAUCUGACGACCCCCCUCUUCGGAAUGCUGCCUCCCCCCUCGGACACAACUGAGCCUUCUGUUCUUGAGACAUGUGCCUUUGUCAUGAAAAUUAUUGGCCUUGAAAUCUACUAUGUUGUCAGCGGUUCCCUGGAGCAGUCCCUGAAGGACACCCUGAAGAAAUUCUCCUCCGGCAAACGUUACGAGUACUGGUCCCAGUACGUGAAGUCACUGGUGUGUCACAUGGUAGAAACGGAGGGGGACGGCAUGCGGUCCUUCGCCGAGUGCCAGAUGCUGGUGUCUGCCUGGAGGAUGCUGCUCAUCCUCUCCACCAGCCAUUCUGAUGUGAUGCAGGUGACAGAGGAUGCCACCCGCCUGAAACUCUUCCUGGACGUGCUGGGCGGCACCAAAGCUGCUCUGCUGGUACCCAUGUCGCUGCCCUGCCUCCGCCUGGGCUCCAUGAUGGCAACCUUGCUGCUUAUCCUGCUGAAACAGUGGAGGAGUGUGGUGGCAUCGGCCCCCAACGUGUUGACCCCACUCUCUGUGAUGCUGGAGAGUGUCCUGCAGGCAGACCAGCAGCUCAUGGAGAGGACCAAGGCCAAGCUCUUCUCUGCGCUCAUCUCAGUGCUGCAGACACAGGGUCUCAACAGUGGCGAGAUCUCCCAGCUCCCGCAGCUGCUGCUCUCUGUGUGCAAGACCGUGCAGGAUGAGGCACUGGCUCUGAUGGACAGCACGCGGCACGUGGCGCUAACGGGGGGCGCUCCGGACGACAAAGACAGCAUGGAGACUGACGCAGAACCGCGGCUGCUGCACCAGGACCAGAGGGACGGGGUGUGUGUGCUGGCCCUGCACCUGGCUAAGGAGCUCUGUCGCCUGGACGAGGAUGGCGAGCACUGGCUGGUGGUGCUGCGCAAGCUGCCCAUGCUAGCCUCCAUGCUCAGCGCCCUGGAGCUCAGCCUGCGCCUCAAACAGAACCUCUACUUCACAGAGGCCGCGCUGCACCUGCUGCUCACCCUCGCACACACCCCGCAGGGGGCCGCGGCUGUGGCCGGUGCCGGCGCGAUCCAGAGCGUCUGCCUGCCUCUGCUUAGUGUGUACGAGAUGAGCGCUAACGGAGCCUCGCAGAACCUGGGCUUCUCCCGGAAGUCUCAGGACACGCCAUCCUGGCCGGGGGUGUACCGCCUCUGCCUGUCCCUCAUGGAGAGCCUGCUCAAGACGCUUCGCUAUGACUUUGUUAAUGAAGCAUUAGACUUCGUGGGCGUCCACCAAGAGAGGAUACUCCAGUGUCUGAAUGCUGUGCGGACAGUGCAGAGCCUGGCCUGUCUGGAUGAAGCAGACCACACCGUAGGCUUUCUCCUUCAGCUCUCCAGCUUUUGUAAGGAGUGGCAGUUUCACCUCCCUCAGCUGCUAAGGGAUGUGCAGGUUAAUCUGUGUUACUUGUGCCAGACCUGUACGUACCUCCUACACAGCAAAAAGAUGCUCCAUCAUUACCUACAGACUAAGAACGGUGACAUGCUGCCCCCCGGGCCCCUCCCCCGAAGCCAGCGUGCGCCACAGACUCCAUCUAAGCAGCUGGGGGCGGCGGCCUCGGCUUCGACCUCAGCUUCGACCUCGGCUUCAACAUCAGCUUCGACCUCAACAUCGUCAUCGGCGACGUCCUCGGCGGGCUCUGCCCCAGGAGGCAGUGAGCGGGAGGAGGCGGAGCAGAAAGCCCUGCUGGCAGUGCAGUGCAGCCUGCUGAAGAUCCUCAGCAAGACCCUGGCUACGCUGCAGCACUUCACGCCCGACUGCUGCCAGAUCCUGCUGGACCAGUCCCUGGACCUUGCGGAAUACCCCACCCUCUUCGUGCUGAGCUUCACUGCACCUGCCUUCGACUCCGACGUUGCGCCGUCGUUUGGGACGCUACUCGCCACCAUCAAUGUAGCGCUAAGCAUGCUGGGAGAGGUUGAGAAGAAAAAGGAGCCUGCUUCCCUAAGCGUAGGGACCUUUGCGUCAUCUGAGGAAGUUCAGGCUCUCAAGUCUCUGCUGAUGUUCACCAUGGAGAAUUGCUUCUAUGUAUUAAUCUCCCAAGCCGUGCGUUACCUGAGGGACCCCAGCGUGCACCUGAGGGACAAGCAGCGGAUGAAGCAGGAGCUAAGCUCAGAGCUGAGCACUCUGCUGUCCAGCUUAUCUCGCUACUUCCGACGGGGGUCCCCUUCUUCUCCAGCCAGCGGGCUGCUCCCCUCUCCGCAGAACAAGCCCCCCACGGCGGCGGCCAAGGCAGUACCCGAGGGCCAAGAGCCCUUUCUCCAGCUGGUGCAAGCCUUCGUCCGACACGUACAGAGAUAGGCCACUGUCACCCCCUGCUGGGUGGCAUUUAGCUGUACUCUGAUCUCCAGAUGCUGGAAGUCAGUGUUGUGUUUAAAGGUCACAAUUUCCUUUAAAAAUCACUUUAAAUCCCCUGAUGGGAUCCAGAGCAGCUUUUCACCUCUGACAGGUACUUAAUCUAGGCCAGGGGUCCCCACCUCUGGUCCCGGAGAGCCACACCUGCUCCUGGUAUUUACCUGAGCUCCUCAGAAGCCAGGCAGCAUAGAAAACCUACUGGACAGUAGCUCUCCAGGACUGGAGUUUGAGACUCCACCAGUGACCAGCAACGUGUAACCACCAGACAAACAAAGAACGGUGACUUCAAGCUAUCAGCAGAAUUCAGUGAAGAGAAGGUUGAAGAAAUGACACUGAAUGUGCUGUCGCAGUGUCUGGAAUGCUGGUUUGACAUUUGGGGAAUUUUGUGCCAUUUGUUUUCUGGGUUUUGUAAGCAGACAGACUUCUGAUUUUUUUUACUUUACAGGAUAAGGCAUCACUAGUUCUUCUGCUGACCCCAGUGCUGUAAUUUCCCCCUCCUGGUACUCGAGGCAGCACAGUAAGACCUUUGUUUCUGUUGGGUUUUUUGCAAACUGACAUCAAACUUGAAAAGCAUAAUGAUAUUAAGACCAAAUGUAGUCGCAUCAGUGGCUAUCAGCUACCUUUCUAAGGGUAUUGUUCCUUACUGUUAUCCAGUUCUUAACCAACCGUUACUGAUCAGCCAUAGAAAUACUAGGAAAGUUUUAUACAAAGGAACAGAGGACAUUUUUUGGGAAUCUGGAGAAUGUUUCCCCCUCAGGCCUUUAUGCGUGUUGGAUUAGUCUCAAUCUGUGUUUUAGUUCAAAGGAUACAUACAUUUUUAAAUGGCUUUGAUUACGAGUUACCAGCAUGUCUGCACUGUGGGCUUCUGGAUAAUUAAUGAAGCCAUGCUUGGGGAAGUGCAGUGAGAGUGACUUACCAGCUUUAUGGCCCCCGUCUGCUUCUGUUCAUAACUACAAUAUCAAAGGGAUCUGUGCCUGUAGCCCCCUUUCACUCGCAGCCAGUCCCAAAGGCACUUACACCUAGUUUUAUAGGUUUUACUCUGGUCCACUGAUGACUAGGCAUCUUCCUGAGAGUUCUGUUGAUGGCUGGAUUGUUCAGAGCCAUGUCUGUGUUGCCAUGGGUAUUUGAUCUAUAUAAAGUAUGUAAGCAUGUUACAAACAAAUAUACAAAUUUUAGUACUUCACACAAGUAUGUCCCUUUUGGUAAAUGUAUCCGUGUAGUGAUUUGUGUGAGCUGGGGUUCUGUCUUGUGUAUGUACUGUCACGUAUACUAUUACAAUUGUACUGUAUUGAAGACCUCUAUACAAUAUUUGGAAGCAUUCAAGAUUUGUACUUUUGAGGUAUUUGUCAGGAUAUAGGUUGUUUAUACUGAAAUAAACUUUUUUUGUAAGAA